GUGGUCACUUGUAUCUGCCAUCCCGUGAAAUGGUGUGUGGGUCACACGUUCAUCUCAACGAUCCAGGCAAACACUGCUGUGGAGAGGAGACAUACGACCCUCAGGAUGAAAUCUGCUGCAAUGGACACAAGUGAGUUGCUCUGUAGGGUGGAAACUGUAGGUAGUUGAACCUAGCCAGGUGGUUUAUCCCAAAGAUGUGGGGUUAUCACUGUCUGCAAGCACAGUUUAGAGUGCCUAAGGGCCAAUGCAUAGAUCACUUAAUCUUCAGCGGACUGUAUCCAGCCUCCUUGUCUGUUGAAGAGUUGAUGCAAUGUCUUGAAAUGUGUGUGGUUGUGUGUGUGGUUGUACUAUAACUAACUGUAGAAAUAUUUUCCCACCCACUGUCUGUGACUGGGUGUGCAUCUUUGAUAAUUAAAUCUAUGAAUAUCUGCAAGACAUAAACUAUUAUAAAACCAUUCCCACAUUCCCAGUCCAACUGUCUCAGGAUGUGGAAUAAUUAUGUGGGCGGACAUUGCUUAAUGCAGUGCUCCUUUGGCUACUGCUGCAGCCAAAGGUCUAGGAGUCUCCAACUGUUCCGUAUUUCACUUCCCUUUUUCCAGUCAGAGGCAUUCAGACAGUUAGUCAGCCAGACAUCUCCUACGAGAGGUGGUAUGUGUGCUUUGGGGUCUCUAGGAUAGGCGUCAGACAGUGUGUACAGUACUUCUGUGUAUUUCGCCCGGUUGUGUGACUUGUGCUUGACCUCGGUGUCUGACUCUAGGAGGAAGCUGGUUGAUUCUUGUUUGGGAUUUGAGGAAUGUUACUAAUGUAUGUUCCAAGUAAAUGUUGUUCAUUAUUGACUGAAAUCUGUUUCUUGGGAAUACAGAAAAAUGUACCAUGUCUGAGGGCAUAUCUAGACACAGAUGGGAAGGACUUUUAAAAAAAGCACUUGAAUCUACUUGUGUUUUGACUCUGUACAGUGGCUUCACACGCUGAUCUAAAGUCUCUAUGUGGAAACGUGGUCGAACACAUCAUUAACAAACACUGCUCCAAUGUUAAAGGCUCUAACCCUGUCAUUCAAACUGUGGGUUGCGACCCCUAGUUAGGUUCCCAGGAAGUUGCAUGGCAUUCUGAAUUUAAACCUAUGCCAUUACUCAAUACUUUGACCAUGUUGAGGCUGACGCACUUGAAUCUAAUUUAGUUUUGACACUGUGCCUGAAUCCCAAAUCACUCCCUUAUCCUCGCACCUCCAUUUGUGCGUUCACACAUGCCUCCUCCAUAUGCGGAGGGAGUGAACAUUAUCGAGGGUGUAGGGGUUAAUUAGAACCUUGUAAGGCUGCCGGCUCCAGAGCCAAGUGGCAUCCCAACACCCACUGCGUUAUGUUUGGAGUUUGCGCAUUUUCGUACAAAAGAAUGAAAUGGCGUGUCUAAUUAUGAGCCAUGUUUAUUAUUUUUGUGUCUGAUUGAGGCAUGACACAUGUAACAAAAGAAAUACAUCCCAAAUGAAAUGUUUAACUGUUACUGAAGUGUAUAUAUUGUAAAACAACAGGGGGAAUUUGUUCAUUUGAAUUUCAUGCUUGUUUUAUUAUUUAAAUGUGAAACAUGAAUUGCAUCAUUCAAGUCACGAGUGUGUCCUGAAGUUGAGGGGUUUAUUGAUCCUCUCGCCACUCUUGAAGUCACCCUCUGAGUUUCGUCAGCAACACGUGACAACGGAGGGCCCUCUGAGCGAGUUGGUAGGAGCGAGGGGCUGGUUUGGGAUCAGUAGUUGAAAAGUAUUCAAUUGUCAUACUAAGUAAAGAUACCAUAAUAUAAAAUGACUCAAGUAAAAGUAACCCAGUAAAAUCCUACUUGAAUAACAGUCUAAAAGUAUUUGGUUUUAAAUAUACUUAAGUAUCAAAAGUAAAAAUAUAAAUCAUUUCAAUGUCCUUAUGUUAAGCAAACCAGAUGGCACCAUUUUCUUGUUUGUUUUUUAUUUACGGACAGCCAGGGGCAUACUCCAACACUCAGACACAAUUUACAAACGAAGCAUGUGUGUUUAGUGAGUCCGUCCGAUCAGAGGCAGUAGAGAUGACCAGGGAUGUACUCUUGAUAAGUGUGUGAAUUUGACCAUUUCCCUGUGCUGCUAAGCAUUAAAAUGUAACGAGUACUUUUGGGUGUCAGGGAAAAUGUACUGAGUAAAAAGUACAUUAUUUUCUUUUGGAAUGUAGUGAAGUAAAAGUUGUCCAAAAUAUCAAUAGUAAAGUAAAAUACAGAUACUCAACAAAACGACUUAAGUAGUACUUUCAAGUAUUCUUACAUACAGUUGAAGUUGGAAGUUUACAUACACCUUUGCCAAAUACAUUUAAACUCAGUUUCACAAUUCCUGACAUUUAAUCCUAGUAAAAAUUCCCUGUCUUAGGUCAGUUAGGAUCUCCACUUUAAGAAUGUGAAAUAUCAGAAUAAUAGUAGAGAUAAUUAUUUCUUUCAGCUUUUAUUUCUUUCAUCACAUUCGCAGUGGGUCAGAAGUUUACAUACACUCAAUUAGUAUUUGGUAGCAUUGCCUUUAAAUUGUUUAACUUGGGUCAAACGUUUCGGGUAGCCUUCCACAAGCUUCCCACAAUAAGUUGGGUGAAUUUUGGCCCAUUCCUCCUGACAGAGCUGGUGUAACUGAGUCAGGUUUGUAGGCCUCCUUACUCGCACACGUGUGGGCAGAACUGAAAAAGCAUUUUCUAUAAGAUUGAGGUCAGGGCUUUGUGAUGGCCACUGCAAUACCAUGACUUUGUUGUCCUUAAGCCAUUUUGCUACAACUUUGGAAGUUUGCUUGGGGUCAUUGUCCAUUUGGAAGACCCAUUUGCGACCAAGCUUCAACUUCCAGACUGAUGUCUUGAGAUGUUGCUUCAAUAUAUCCACAUAAUUUUCCUUCCUCAUGAUGCCAUCUAUUUUGUGAAGUGCACCAGUCCCUCCUGCAGCAAAGCACCCCCACAGCAUGAUACUGCCACCCCCGUGCUUCACGGUUGGGAUGGUGUUCUUCGGCUUGCAAGCAACCCCCUUUUUCCUCCAAACAUAACGAUGGUCAUUAUGGCCAAACAGUUAUAUUUUUGUUUCAUAAGACCAGAGGACAUUUCUCCAAAAAGUACGAUCUUUGUCUCCAUGUGCAGUUGCAAACCGUAGUCUGGCUUUUUUAUGGCGGUUUUGGAGCAAUGGCUUCUUCCUUGCUGAGCGGCCUUUCAGGUUAUGUCGAUAUAGGACUCGUUUUACUGUGGAUAUAGAUACUGUUAGAAAUUGCGUAAUUCAAAUCUGGUAUUGGAAUAAGAGAAAACAUAAUCAAGAGAUAUUCAAUCCAAGCUAAAUUUAUUAUUUGCAAAAUGUAUGUUGGUUCGUAUACGGGCUCACUGAAAUACCACGCAGGGCAGACAGAGAACUAAUCCAUUGUUACAGAUUCUUCUUCAAAUACUCUGACAGAGAUAGUUCCCACCUCUCUGCUGGCCAAUCAGAGUAGAGACUGAGCGUGGUUUAAACUUACUCAGCCAAUCCGUUGGCGCACGGGCUGGUCCCAACCCCUUGGCGCUCCACCGUUCCCAGGCAUAAGUUGCUAUCAUAAUAACUUGUGGAGUUAGCACCCAAAAGACACCAUUCCACUGUACUACGUUCAAGGACGGUUCACAGACAACAAAGAGGCAGUGUUCGUAUCUGUGUGAAAUACAAGUCUUAUCUAUAAGAAAUACAAGUUUUAUCUCAUCCUAGCCCCUAACGUUCCUCACAUGAAUCACAGCCUGUUAUGUGAAACAAUUUAUAUCAGUAUAGUACAAACCUAUGCUUAUCAUUCAUGCAUUCCUUCUAAGCUAUUCAUCACAUACAGAUCAAAUUAUUAGAAAACAAAUCCCAACAAUACUUUUGUACCUGUUUCCUCCAGCAUCUUCACAAGGUCCUUUGCUGCUGUUCUGGGAUUGAUUUGCACUUUUCGCACCAAAGUACAUUCAUCUCUAGGAGACAGAACGCGUCUCCUUCCUGAGCGGUAUGAGGGCUGCGUGGUCCCAUGGUGUUUAUACUUGCAUACUAUUGUUUGUACAGAUGAACGUGGUACCUUCAGGCAUUUGGAAAUUGCUCCCAAGGAUGAACCAGACUUGUGGAGGUCUACAAAUAUUUUUCUGAGGUUUUGGCUGAUUUAUUUUAAUUUUCCCAAACUCAGUGCAAAGAGGCACUGAGUUUGAAAGUAGGCCUUGAAAUACAUCCACCGGUACACCUCCAAUUGACUCAAAUGAUGUAAAUUAGCCUAUCAGAAGCUUCUAAAGCCAUGACAUCCUUUUCUGGAAUUUUCCGAGCUGUUUAAAGGCACAGUCAACUUAGUGUAUGUAAACUUCUGACCCACUGGAAUUGUGAUACAGUGAAAUAAUCUGUCUGUAACAAUUGUUGGAAAAAUGACUUGUGUCAUGCACAAAGCAGAUGUCCUAACUGACUUGCCAAAACUAUAGUUUGUUAACAAUACAUUUGUGGAGUGGUUGAAAAAUGAGUUUUAAUGACUCCAACCUAAGUGUAUGUAAACUUCCAACUUCAACUUUAAGUACUUUUCACCACUGUUUGGGAUUCACUGAAUGAUGUACAGCGGCUUCAAGACGCUGACCUAAAGUAAACAUUUGAAUACUCUUCCCUAACCAAUGAAAAAGGAUAUAAAAAAUUGAUUUUGCUGAUGGGUUUCUCUUAAUUGAGUAACUAAAUGGAUGGCCUCCCCUCUUGAGUACUGCAAUGGCUGCUGGUUUUGGUCAUCUCUCUUUAGCGCUCAAUCUGUUGAUUCAAGCAGUCAAUGGGCUAAAAGAGGUUGGGAAACGUGUCCUGCUGCAGAGGGAAGGGCUACAACCCCAGCAGUGUCCAGAUGAAGUGCUUUGCAGGGACUCUGUACAACCUGCGGGUUCAGGGCAGGCUCACAGAGCAGUGGGAGUGUCCUGAUGGAGGCCAGUUCCACCCAGACCUGCUGCUUCGACCCCAGGGCUAGACCUGCUCUACCCUACCCUCUAACCUGCUGUGGGCACCGCUACCCCAACGCUUCCCUGUGGUCUUGCUGUGCGGGGGUCCUGCACCACACACCACCGGCAAAAACAUUAUUCCAGGUCAGUGGGAACAGGAUACAAUCCGAACUUGAUUCCCAUUUUUCAUCGAUCCAUGAUUUAUGUCACAGUUUGAGUUGCGUCUGUUUAUCUCUGAAUGGUCUCCGAAAGACCAACCUACAAGUCAGACAAGUGAUAUGUAUAUUGAAUUAUAUAUCUAGUUCAUAUAAUGGGUCCCUGCCUGGAGUCUGUCUCGAUCUUAGCCCAUUUGAUUAGACUGCUGUUCGUUAUCCUCAGGACCCAGGCUUCUACCACUGGGGGGUU